AGAUGCUCUCGAGCCGCAGAUGGUCUCCUCGCCCGCGUCCAGAGUGACUAGCCCCAUUUCCGCCGUUCCGCCGUAAACGUCUUUACGCGAAUCCUCCAGUCCGCCGAUCGCGAUUUCAGUGUCCGUGACGUUAGUUCCUGCCAUACCGCCGCUUUUACGGAUUUACGUCGAUCCAGGAAAUCUCUCCAUUGGAAAUUUGUGCCAAGGUCUUCAGGGCGGUGCAGUGAUUACCGCGCGGUGCGCGAAGAUGAGCUCUCCCCUGGGGGCGGUGCAGUGAAGUUGGUGGCCGUUCGGGGCUCCGGAGCCCUUGGUCCAUGUGGCCCAGUGACAAGUGAUCAGUGGCAGUGACAGUGACCGCCCGCGCCGGCGACCAGCGACGAUGCCUCGCAGCCGACCGCGCCCGCCAAUGGGCCGACAAAUCCGCAAUCUCUUCCUCCUCGCACUCUUCUCCCACGUUACCACUUCUGUUCUAGCCAAUGACAAUGCAGAUCUAAUAUUUGACGACCUCUCGGGAAGGACUUACAACAAUAAUUCAGAUACCAAAUCAAUAAGUGUUCCGAUAGCCGAAAUAAAUAGUAACAAAUUAGACAGUGUUCCUAGUUUAGAUAGUAUAAGUGACGAAUCUAGCCAAUCAAUUUUUUCUACCGUUGCCCAUCAUAUAAACCGAGUCAAAAGGGGCUUUUGGGAUUUUUUGGCUCCCCCAGAUGUAGAAAAGUCGAAAGAGAGUGAGGCAUCGACGACGGUGGAGGUGACAUCCGCAAACCCUACGAGCCUUUCAACAGCUAGUCUAAGUUCCGAAACCCCCGCUACCCUCUUUAACUCAACUGUCGAUAGUUCUCUCCUCCUUUCCUUAGGCGAAGUAUCCCCGUUACCGAGUACGAGAGUUGCGAGGUAUACCCCGACAGACCAAAGCGAAGACGCUGGAUUCCCGUUUUCGGAUUCACCAGAUCCAAAUUCGAACUCGGACGACGAAGAUUUCUCGAAAGGAGGCUCCGGGGAGGAGUUCGCUGCCUCAGGCGAGAUCUCCACCAACACACCGGAGGUCACAGAGUGGAGCACCAACACCCAGGAUAUUUUGACUGGAGCACCCCAUUUCUAUCGAAUAACAAUAGUCAUCAAUGAACCGUACAAUGAGCAAUAUCUGGAUCAUGAGAGCGUGGUUUUCAAGCAGCUGUCUGCGAACCUGUCCUCAGCAAUUGAUGACAUCCUUCGCUUUCUUGGCCAGUUUUCUUCAAACCUCAUUGCUGUAUCCCCUGUCCAAGACAUGUUUUUUCUCAAAGCCACCGUAGAUAUUGAGGCAAUAGACAACCAUGACAAGUCAGUCGUUUAUGAUACACUGCACGAUAUCAUUCGAACACGAAGAAAAAUUGGCCACUUCCCUGUCGAAGAAAGUGGUUUCACAUUUAGAGAUUUUAAUUUGGGUACACCUGGAUCUUGCACUGCCAAUCAGAUUUUUUGCGUUCCAUCUGACACUUGUUUACCUGUAAGUGCUAGGUGUAAUUCAACUCAAGAAUGUUCUGAUGGUUCCGAUGAAUUAGGGUGUCCCACAACGGUGCUCAGGUCUUCUUUCGGAACAACUCAAGUUCAGCCAACAACGCCCUCACUUGCUCAGCGACCACCAGAAGAUCAGUGUCGGGCUGAUGACAAGGUCAAGUGUGGGGAUGGGUCAUACUACAUUUGUAGAGACCAAUUGUGUGAUGGUCACGUAGAUUGUCCUGAUGGAGAUGAUGAAGAAAACUGUCUGUCGCCCACACCUAUUUCUUGCUCUGCUGAGGAGUUCCUAUGUGAUUUGACCAGGUGCAUCCCAAAGCAAAAAGUGUGUGAUGGACAGCAUGAUUGUUCGGAUGAAACUGAUGAAGAUUCGGAGCAUUGUUUGCCUCCAGAACCAGUUGGGUGUCGUAGUGACCAAUUUACAUGCAGUGAUGGCCAGUGUAUUGACUCAUCACAACGUUGCGAUUUGGCAUUCGACUGCAAAGAUGGUGGCGAUGAAGAGGGAUGCUCUUGCAAAGACAACGAGUUCCUGUGCGAUGGUGGUAGGUGCAUACCGCUCAACAAAAGAUGUAACUUCAGACGUGACUGUGAAGAUGGAACUGAUGAGCUCAACUGUGAAGUAACAAUUCCAACAACAGAAAAAACAUUGAGGCGAUGUGAAGAGGGUAAAGAAUUUAAGUGCCGCGAUGGAAUGUGUAUACCCAUCGAGAAAAAAUGUGAUAACUUUGAUGACUGUAAGGACAGAUCUGACGAACAAGCUUGUCCAUGCCGAGAGGACAUGUUCCACUGUAACAAUUCGUAUUGUGUACCUAUGUUCCGGCGUUGCAACAAAAUUAAUGAUUGUCAGGAUGGAUCAGACGAAAUGAAUUGUCCCAAAAGCUCUUGUGCCAAUACUGAAUUCCAGUGCGUUUCUGAUAAAAAGUGCAUUAACCGUAGCUUUCGCUGUAACAGAAAAGCAGAUUGCGCCGAUCACUCUGAUGAAAGGAACUGUGAAUAUGUCCCACCGAGGUAUGAUCCAGUGCCCUGCUUGUCAAAUGAAUUCCGUUGUGGCAAUGGCUUAUGUAUAUCAUGGAAUCACCGUUGUGAUAAUGUGUCAGACUGUUCUGAUGGGAGUGAUGAAAGAGGUUGUUCACGAUAUCAAAAUUCCAUACCUUCAUCUCUUGGGUUGGAUUUGAAGACCUAUCCUAAUGAACAAGUCAUAAAAGAAAGUUCAGCUCGAGAAGUUGUGUUUCAAUGCCGCGAUGAAGGGCCUUUACGAGCUAAAGUUCGAUGGGUUAGAGGAAAUGGAUUGCCUCUGCCACCUGGAUCAAGAGAUAAGAACGGUCGUCUCGAAAUUCCAGAUAUCAAGAUUCAACACUCUGGAACGUAUAUUUGCGAAGCAGUUGACUACCUUUAUGAUUCCAAUGCAAGGGCGAUUGUGUACUUGAAUGUUGAGGAAUUUGUUCAGCCUACAUUCAGGGCGCCUGCACCAGCCUGUGGAUACAAUGAAGCCACCUGUUCCAAUGGCGAGUGUAUUCCCAAGUCCAAGGUUUGCGACGAUCACUAUGACUGCACAGAUGGCUCUGAUGAAAUGCGUUGCAAUCAGCACGGGUGUGAACCAAAUGAGUUCUGGUGUGCCAAUAAACGAUGUGUUCAGAAAACAUGGCGAUGUGACUCUGAAGAUGACUGCGGAGAUGGUUCUGAUGAGUUAAACUGCGCCCCAGCUUUACCUGGAUCUCCGUGUAAGUCAAAUGAAUUCGAGUGCAGAAGCGGCAGACAAUGUACUCCAAAAUCAUUUCAGUGUGAUGGUCAGCCCGACUGCGCUGAUGGCAGUGAUGAAGUUGGUUGUGCACCGGUCACAAUUCGCAUUCCUCCACCUCCCAUGGUCGUUUUGGAAGCAGGAUCUCUAUUCACUGUAUCAUGCACAGCUGAUGGUGGUCCAACACCAGAAAUUGUUUGGCGACUGAAUUGGGGCCACAUUCCUGCUAAAUGUAAUACAACCAGUGUCCGCGGUGUUGGGGUUUUAACUUGUCCUGAUGUCCAGGAAAAGGACCAAGGUGCCUACAGUUGUGAAGGGAUCAACUCCAGAGGAUCUACUUUUGCCAUUCCGGAUACGAUUCUCACAAUUAAGGAGCCUGUUAAUACCAGAGGAUCCUGUUUACGAGGAACAUUCAAUGAUCUGGCUCUCACACGAAGUGAUUGUAUUAAUUGUUUCUGCUUUGGGGUCUCAACGCAAUGCAAAAGUGCCAACUUGUUUACCUUUCAGCUACCUCCUCCUUUUGGAAAGCACCAAAUCAUCAGUGUAGUGAUUGACUCAACUUUGCAAAACAUAGAGAUUAAGAAAAACGAACUUUCAAACUGGCCGGACGUUCAAAGCAUUGGGCGUGAUGGAUUCCUGUUGAGAUCUGACGAUAAUAAUGCCAUCAAUGCAGAUAAUGCAUAUCCUUACUACGCUUUUCCAGACAGUUAUCUUGGAAAUCAGUUGAAAUCUUAUGGAGGUUAUAUCAAGUACACUGUUCGAUUCCUAGGUGAAGGAACAAGCAGCACCGUUCCAGACGUCAUAAUCAGCGGUAAUGGAAUUACCUUAGUUCAUGUCGGACCAAAUUUAUUGCCAAAUAGAGACAAUGAUGUAAGCGUAAGAUUCUUCAGAGGGUCCUGGAUCAAGAGCGGUUACAGAAAUAUUGCUGCUUCAAGAGAGGAAAUAAUGAUGGUCCUUGUAAAUUUAGAGAGUGUUUUGAUUCGAGUACAAUAUUUAACUGGGCCAUCAUAUGAAACAACCAUCACAAAUAUUAGAAUGGACUCAGCAGGCAAUCGUAACAUUGGACUUGGCCAAGCUGCUUAUGUGGAGGAAUGUCGCUGUCCUGCAGGUUAUACUGGACUGUCCUGUGAGACUUGCCUACCUGGUUACAAUCGUCGAGCAAGUGGUCCAUGGCUGGGUCAGUGCUACAAAGAAGAGCAGGUUUGCCGGCCAGGAACUUAUGGAGAUCCCAGUCGAGGCAUCCCAUGUCAAGCAUGUCCUUGUCCAUUGGCAAAUUCUCUCAACCAAUUUGGCAGAACUUGCCAUCUAGAUACAGAUGGUCAAGUAACUUGCGACUGUCCACCUGAAUACACAGGUCGUCGUUGUGAAAAAUGUGCCGCUGGAUACUCUGGCAACCCAUUAAUUCCUGGAGACUUUUGUCGGCAAGGAUAUUGUGAUGCAGCUGGUUCCCUAUCUCCUUUGCCAAACCCAUCAACUGGCCAGUGUAUUUGCAAGAAUCUUGUCACUGGAAGCACCUGUAAUGUCUGUCACAACAAUACAUUCCACUUAUCACCACGUAAUCAGAAUGGGUGUAUCAGUUGUUUCUGCAUGGGCCUUACGAACACCUGCACCAGUUCAUAUUGGUACCGUAAUCAGAUUUCUUCUGCUUUUGUCACCUCCAAUACGCAAGACUUUAAACUAGUAGAAUAUCGUGAUAUCAGAUCUCCAAUUAAAACAGGCUUUCAAGUAAAUCCCAACUCAAGGGAGCUUGUAUACAACAACUUCUAUCCGGGCAAUCAAGAGGUCUUCUACUGGGUGCUGCCACCAAGAUUCCUAGGUGAUAAGAUAACAUCUUACGGUGGUUAUUUGAAUUACACCUUGCGGUAUGUGCCAGCGCAAGGAGGUCAAAGUUCUCGCAAUAGUGCUCAUGAUGUUGAAAUUAUUUCCGCAAAUAAUAUUCGCUUGCAGCACUUCCAAAGUGACCGUCAAAUUCAACCAAAUCGAGUCGAAACUAUCUCUGUGCCCAUUCUAGAGCAGUAUUGGCAACGUGAAGAUGGUAAGACUGCAAACAGGGAGCACCUGUUAAUGGCAUUGGCAGAUUUAAGCAACAUUUUGAUUAAGGCAACUUACACAACGAAGACAGAAGAAGUAGCUUUGACAUCGGUCACUUUAGAUGUUGCUGAAAACCGUAACACUGGUCAAUCUAGGGCUUUAGAAGUGGAACAGUGCCAGUGCCCGCCAGGUCACACAGGUUUAUCGUGCGAAGACUGCGAUGCUGGCUACACUCGGCAGGAACAAGGCUUGUAUCUGGGUAUCUGUGAACCCUGCGCUUGCAACGGGCACUCUGAUCAGUGUGAUCCUGAAACUGGAGUUUGUUUCAAUUGUCGUGAUCAUACAACCGGUGACUUCUGUAACAUCUGUGAAGAUGGUUAUGAAGGACGUCCAGACAAAGGAGAGCCUUGCUUGCCAACGGGUAAACAAGAUUCAAGCUGCAACUGCGACCCACGAGGCUCCAUCAGCCCUGUUUGCGUAAAUGGUCUUUGUACAUGCAAGCGCAAUGUUGAAGGAGAAAAAUGCGACCGCUGUCUGCCAGGAACUUUUGAUCUCUCAGCAUCUCACAUAGAUGGUUGUCUAUCUUGUUAUUGUUCAGGCGUUUCUCACAAUUGUCAAUCAUCCUCCCUAUACCAAACGCAAAUUCCCAUGGAGUUAAUCAGUGAGCAACAUGGCUUUACCUUAACUGACACGAACAGACAUGAUGUGAUUAGAGAUGGAUUUGAAUUAAACGUGGCGCUGAGUCAAAUUGGAUACGAAUUCAAAGAUGACAGUAGGCAACAGAAACGAUUGUUCUGGUCUCUCCCACCUUCAUUCACAGGCAACAGAUUAACAUCCUAUGGUGGAAACCUAACUUUCUCAAGGCUUUAUCAAGCCAGAUAUGAGAAUGAACCAACCUACGAUCAGGACGUAAUUAUUUCUGGUAAAGGUUUAACCCUGUACUGGUCAAGUCAGAAUAGUAUUCCACCAGACACAGUUUCAACGGACAUCAUCCCUCUGGAGGAAACUCACUGGAAACGGUUAGAUCAACAGAAAGUGGCUUCAAGAGCAGACAUGUUGAAAGCACUGUCAUCUGUUGAUGCAAUUCUAAUCCGUGCUACACUUGGAUCCCAAAUCACUCACACUUACCUGAGUGAUGUCAUGUUGGAUACUGCGGUGCGUCAAGAAACAGGCCAACGCAGAGCUUCUCAAAUUGAAAUUUGUCGUUGCCCUGCUGGAUACACGGGUGAUUCAUGUGAGUCUUGCAGUGGAGGAUAUUACCAGGAUAGGUACGGAACAUGCAGCAAAUGUCCAUGCAAUGGAAGAGAAGAAAGCUGUGGCCUCGACUACAACCUACAAGUUGUGUGUAAAUGUCAGUAUGGAUUCACAGGGCAAUACUGUGAUAGACGAGAUGCGUUCCCAGACUCCGAGAACCAAGUACCAGGAACACCUGAGCCUCAGCUGGAACCAACCAUCAGUGUUUCUAUUUCCGAGCCCAAAAUUCAGAUCGUUGCUGUUGGAAGUUCUGUUCAGUUCAGAUGCUCAAGCCGGUCUCUCAUCACGAAUCGCCCGCUACAAGUUGUGUGGACAAAAGAAAGCAGCCGUCUUCCUCACGAUGCCAUUGAUACUGGAGAUGGCCUUUUGAUCUUACGACAAGUCCAAGAGGCUGAUUCAGGCACUUACAUCUGUACAUCAACAGACGGAACUGCAAUAAUUGUUGAUCGCGCUAGCCUCAUUGUGGGCGGAUCACCAGUAGAGCCACCACAGGUAGCAAUUUUCCCAAAAACUUUGAACGUUAAAGUUGGUGAUGCUGUUGAGUUUAGAUGUCAAGCAACAGGUAGUCCGACACCAACCUUGGAAUGGACGGGCGCUAGAACUUUGAACCCGCAGCAUACCUUCAGCAAUGGCAUUUUCCGUAUUCCAUACGCAGUGGUGACUGAUGAAGGAACUUAUCAAUGCCGUGCAACAAGCUCCGGAGGAAGUGUCACUACAAAUGUUGUUCUUAGAGUAAGAGAUGAAAGACCGCCAGUCCCAAGCUAUGGCAAUAGUAUUGUUGUAACACCCUCCAGCUAUUCUGGACCCACUGGACAAAGUGUGAACUUCACCUGUGAAGUUGCAGAUAGAUUUGAGUACAGCUUACUUUGGACAAGACCAAAUAAUCAGCCCCUGCCGCCUCAUGCUGUUCAAGGCAAUGGUGUCCUUUCUUUCUCCAACAUCUCUGUUGCCGAUAAUGGUGCCUACCGUUGUUCUGCUGCCUCCCUUACAACUGGCCAAGUUUUACAAACUGCCGAUAUAAAUAUCAAUGCUUACUCAUAUUCUCCAGUCAGAAUUGAGCCACGCAGCCAGACUGUUCCUCAAGGUAUGCCAGCAGAAUUACGUUGUAUUGUGAAUGAAAAUGUUCCUAUUAAGUGGUCAAAACGGGGUCCAAGUCCUGAACUUCCGAGCUACAUGCAGGCAAACGGUCCAUACCUAAGAAUUCCAUCUGUUGUUCUGGAUGAUAGAGGUGUCUACAUCUGUGAAGUAGAAUUCCACUCUAGGCUGAUACAAAAAGCUGCUGCCACCUUAGAAGUAGAACGACGCGAGGCGCCCAUCGUUAACAUUCGUCCUUCUCAGAGACAAACACCUCACGAAGGAAGCAACAUUAUGUUGUACUGUGAAGUCACGAGAGGUGAACCUAGACCUACUGUAUUUUGGUCCCGAACUGAUGGUAGACCUUUAUCAAGAAAUGUUGAAACUGUCUCUCCAGAAUUUCUCCGGUUCAACUCCAUCACAGCACAGGAAGAAGGGGAGUACGAAUGUAAAGCAGAAAAUAAGGCUGGAAGUACUUCUGCCAUUGCCUCUAUUGUUGUUCAAAACCCACCUAAAAUUACGAUAACACCUGCAACCACUUUGACUGUCAGCCCUGGUGAACGUGUUCGUUUAGAGUGCAGCGCAGAAGGCCGCCCCACUCCCUCCGUUGAGUGGACCAAAUUCUACAGGGCUCCUGCAGGCCUUCCAGGUUAUGCUCCUGGUCCAGUUCCAUCCCACACAGCUGUGUUCGAAAUAUCAGAGGCCACCAUUACAGAUAGUGGCACGUACACUUGUCGCGCCACAAAUGAUGUUGGCGUAACAGAGGAACGCGUAGAACUUAUUGUAACAUCAGACGACAAUGAAAUCAAUCGGCUCCCAGAGCGUGGUGAUAUCAUCGGAGGUGAUCCAGGAUCGUCUGGUCCAGGACCUGCUGUGCCUUAUUAUGAAUAUGAAGGUGCUGCUUCUGAUGAAGUUCUGACCAUCGCUGAAAAUGGAUCCGGCGAACUGAGAUGUAACGCUAACAAUCCAUCAGUAUCAGUAAUGUGGUACAAACGAGGAUCUGCCACUUUGCCAGACAAUGUUGAAGUACGAGGGGGAAGUCUAAUCAUUCGUGGAGCACGCAGUAACAAUGCAGGCGAUUAUAUAUGCCAUGGGCUUGAUGACCGAGGCAGGCCUUUUGAGAUAUCUAGGAGAUUAGAAGUUCGAGCUCCAUUGCGGAUUGCGUUACGACCUAUAAGUCAAACUGUGAGACCAGGUGAUUUUGCAAGAAUUAAUUGCACUGCUGUCUCAGGAGAUGAACCUGUCAGUAUCACAUGGGUCCGAGACUACAACAAGCCUCUGCAUCCUGCUGUUGUGGUUGGAAACGAUCUUUUGUUCUACGGCAUCAAUGUCAAUGAUACAGGUAGAUACGUUUGUCAAGCUAGAAAUCCCUAUGGACAAGCUGAAGGUGUUGCUGAAGUCAUCGUUGAUACAUCGCAGCCCAUUAGACCAAUCAUCACUGCUGAAGACAAAAAUGUUGUUGCCAGAGAAGGAUCUGCAGUCACUCUUCGCUGCAACGUUCAAUCAACCAUCAAGGAUUACCAAAUAUCUUGGGUGAAAGGUAGUCAGCCCCUUCGAGAAACGACCCCCACCCUCCAGCUGUGGAACGUCAAACUCAGUGAUGCCGAUCGCUAUGCUUGUCGAGUCUCCUCUUAUCGUGGGAGCUCUAUUGACUAUAUCAAUCUCAAAGUCGAGCGAAUUGAUAAUAUCUCGCUAAAUAUUGAGUCAAAUCUUGAUAUCAUACACCGUGGGGACAAUGUUGAACUGCGUUGUCACAUCUCUGGAAAUGCUGAUCUUCCUAUCUCUUGGCAAAGAAUCGGUGGCACUUUUGAUAGCAAUGUUAUCAUGACUGGGUCUCUUUUGAGGCUAAACAAUGUACAGCCUGACAAUGCCGGGAUUUAUCGUUGCUACAGCCAUCCUGUACCAAGCACUCGCUAUGUUGACUACAACCUUGUUGUCGAAGGAGAAGCACCCAUCAGCUCAAAUUAUCAGAUCUCCAGGAGAGAAGCAAAUUAUGGAACUAAUGUGACAAUUAGUUGCACAACAAGUAUUGACCAACCAAUCAAGUAUUCUUGGAUCAAGCAAGGAGUUGGUUUUCAAAAUCCACCGCAUAAAAAUUCUCCAACAAUCAAUAUCCCAUAUGCAACAGCGAAUGAUGCAGGAAGAUAUAUUUGCACUGCUGCAAACCCUAAAGCAAGGAUCGAUAUUCCCACAGUUUUAACAAUCAAAAAUGUAAUCCCUCGAUUCACUGGAGCAUCCUCCUACAUCAAAUUACCACCUUUGAAGAACUCACACUCGAAUUUCACGAUUGAAAUUGUAUUUAAACCGGAGAAACCUGAUGGUAUUUUGUUGUACACACUGGAUGCUAAUCUUCAAAAUCAGAACCCUGAUUUUGUGUCUCUCAUUCUCAAAAAUGGAGUGCCUGAGUUCAAAUUUGACCUCGGAUCAGGUCCUGCAACAGUUACUGGUGAUCCAAUUACCAUUGGCGACUGGCAUACAAUUCUGCUCGUUCAAAAUAAGAAGUUGGGAGAAAUGCACAUUGAUGGUGGUCGAGCUUACAGAAAUCAGUCACAGGGCUCAUAUGUUGGCCUAGAUCUUAGGCAGCCUUGGCAUAUCGGCGGAGUUGCGGAUCUGAAUUUGUUGCAGAAAAAUAAAUUGUCAUCUGGCUUCACAGGUUGCAUAAGUCGCCUCGUGACAGGUACAACAACCAUCGAUUUAAUGCAGUAUGUGGAUAAAUCAUCGAGAGGAAUCGAAUCUUGCGAAACUUGUCAGUGGAAUCCGUGUUUAAAUCAUGGCAUUUGUCAAGAAGCUCCAAACAAGAAAGGUUACUUCUGCAUUUGUGCCUCUGGCUAUAGUGGCGAUGACUGUGGAAGAGUCGGUGAGACUUGCUAUCCAGGCAUUUGUGGUGAAGGUCGAUGCCGAAACACAGACGGAGAUAUAGUUUGCCAUUGCCCCAUUGGUAAAAGCGGGUACCGAUGUCAAGAGCCAGUCACAAUAACCGUACCGUCAUUCGACGGUGAUGGCUUCAUUGCCUACCGCACCCCCAAAAAUCCCACAAAUAUGAAACUAUCCAUGCGAAUCAAUCCUAGCAGUGUUGAGGAUGGAAUUCUGAUGUAUGCUAGUCAGAGUUUUGAUGGGAAUGGGGAUUUUACCUCUCUAACCAUUAAAAAUCAUCAAAUUGAGUUCAUGUUUGAUACUGGAUCAGGUUUGGUUGUUUUGAGAAGCAGUCAAGAUAUCAUUCCGCGGCAGUGGACAUUGAUCACUUUAAAUCGAAACAGGAGUAUAGCUAUGCUUCAAGUAGCAAACGAAGCCCCCGUCUAUCAACGGCUUGGUGGAAUGGUUGGGGUGGAUCUCACUACUAAUUUAUAUGUUGGUGGCAUCGAUCGCGACAACAUAACUUUGAAUAGUAAUGUGCAAGUGUAUUCGAACUUCAGAGGUUGUAUUUCUGAUGUAUCAGUGGCAAAUGUUGUGUUCCACCCUGUGAAAUCUGUCAUUGAUUCAGCAAACAUACACCAAUGCCCUCUGGCAACAAACAACUUUUGUGCUAGCGCACCCUGCAUGAACAACGGCAUUUGUCAUCCAACAGUUGAGUCGUACACUUGUAAAUGCCCCUCACAAUAUGACGGCGAUAAUUGUGAACGCAAGAAGAGUAUCUGUGAUACACUGCAUCCAUGUCUCAAUGGAGGAACCUGCUUAGGCAGUAGUUACACUUACACGUGCAGCUGUCCUUUAAGAUUCAAAGGAUCCACCUGCAAUGAAAGUGUAGAAAUAGGAGAUGAAAUUUCUUUCAAUGGCAACGGCUAUGUUGAAUUAAGUGGUGAUCUCCUCCCUCACGUGCAGCUUGAUGAUAGUGACAUAGUAGAAUUGCAGUUUUCAACCAGUCACAAUGAAGGUAUUCUACUAUGGCAUGGGCGAGACCCCAAAGAAUUUGGCAGAAAUCAAGACUACUUUGCAAUUGCAAUCGUGAAUGGCUCAGUAGAGUUCAGCUACGAACUUGGAUCUGGUCCAGUAACGAUCCUUCUCUCUGAGCAGAAAGUCAAUGAUAAUCAGAAGCACACAGUAACUGCUAGAAGGCAAAAACUGGUUGGAUCCAUUCAAUUGGAUGGUACUUUCUCAAAAUCUGGAAGUAGCAAAGGUGGUCUGACCCAGCUGAACACCAGCGGAAAUGUGUUCAUCGGUGGGCUACCGAACCCGGAUACAAUGACAGAUGGAAAAUACCUGGUUGGCUUGUCUGGUUGCAUCCAUUCGCUUCGCAUUCAAAAUCAACCACCAAUCCACAUUGGUAGAGUUGCCAUAUCCGGUGCCAAUGUUACUCCGUGUUCAAGCUAAUGAAGUCUUGGCGUCAACCAACCAUGCUUGUUGAUACUUUUUGUUUUAAAAGAAUGUAUUCUUUUUGGUCAUUUCGUGUUAAAUUCUUGUUUACUUGUAAGUAAUUUUUUUUAAAUCGAUUGUUUACCCACUGUAAAUCUGAUAGUUACGUACAAUUAAUUGUUUUUGUUUGAAUGAGAUCAUUGUCUCUAUUUCAUCAGUAUUGCUAAGUAUUUGUAACUUGAUAGAAUAAACUUGAGCGCAAAUUGCAUUUCUUAAUUACUAUAAUGUCGGAAAAUUCUUAGCUUUGUACAUUCACUGGAUAAUUACAUUAUCAUUUUCUUUUGAAAUGGAUUUGGAUCGAAGAAUUGAAUAAACUGUCAAAAUAAAAAAAAAAAAAAAAAAAAAAAAAAAAAAAAAAAAACUGUUUCAAUUUAAAUCUAUUUUUGUCUUUGUAUACAUGAUUAGCAGUAUUUUCUGAAUUCAUCCGCAGGUGGUAAUUAUCCAGUGUUUCUACUUUUCUGAUGUUCUGUCAUCAAUGUUUUCCAGUUUUAAGCCCUCAAGUUUUGUAAAUAUUUCCCGAGAAAAAUUGCUGCUUAUUGGAUUUCAUACAACUACAACAAAAAUUCCUUAAAUACUUACUAUUUUAAAAUCAACAAAUCUAUUCAUUUUAUGGAAAUAAUAACAAGAUGCUCUCUUAGAGUAGGUAAGCCAAUUUUCGGAAUAAGUUCCAUUUUCAUUGUAGUCUAUUCUUGCACUGUUUCCUGGUAAUUUUCCUCCUAACUUUUGGCUCUAUCAUAGCCAAUAUUUUGCGAGUACAUAGACACUGUAGGUGGCUCGGUUUCAAGAAAUCAAAUGUACGUAGCUGUAAUUAAACUUAGAAAAUAUGAAGUUUUUGAUGACUGAAAUUCAGUUGAUUUUGUAAAUUAUGAUUUUUUUUGUACAAAUGUGAUAUAGUCCUAAAAUUUAGAAAACUCAUUAACAUACUUCAUCUAGGUAAAAGAGAACUUGACCUCAUUUUGCAAAGAGGAACUACUUUUUCUUGCUUGUCAAUAAAAGCACAUGGUAACUUUCAACACAUACGUUGUUUCUGAAGAGAGCUGAAAGUAGUAGUUCCUAAGUGUAUACUGCAAUUCAACGCAUUCUCUGUAUCAGAUAUCUGUCUCCCGAAGGAAAAGGUAUCGAUGAAAAGCAGAUAAUUAAACUUUACUUGUACAUCUUCCAUAUGCAAAAUUUGUAUUAUACUCUUUGAAAAUUGUACAUGUUUAUGACAUUUUGUAUCUGUUAGGGAUUCUAUUUCCAAUCUUCUAAGGAAAUAAAUAUGUUUCUCUUUUUUUAAAAAAUAAAAGGAAAAGAGUAUCAAACGUUUCCUGAAUGAUGAACUCAUCUGAUGAAGAAUUUGCUAGAGUCUGAAAUUCGGUAAAUUUCUUUUUCAAGUAAAAACUGCUGAGUAAACUGAGUGCAAGAAUAUUUUUGGUUUCUAGAUUGAAUAAUUUAUCGGAAAAGAUACAUAUGCACAACUGAUUAUUAAAAUUAUCUGACAUGUGAGUGUUCAAAUGGGAAAUGCUGCCUGAUGAAGUUGUGAGGCAGUACAUUUUCUCACUUCGAAAUCUAGUCCUCUACAAUUUCUGAUAUCAAAAAAGAAAUUAUAAGAAAUACCUCAAACUCACAUCAUUGCUUUCUCAGAUGAAGCAGUAAACUUUUUCUGUGCAAAUUCUCCAUUCGUUUAAGGCUUUAGAAUGGGCUGCUAAGUACUUAGAUCUAUUCAUAUUUUCCCUUAGUUAAACUGAUGCAUUUAAUAUUCUGAGCAACGCAAGAAAAUUUUUUUAUAAAUGGGAAUUUGGUGAUCAAAAAUUCUCUUGAACUUUAAACUUUUUUGAAAAUCAUAACCAGGAUAAAUUCUGGGUCCGAGGUAGAACUAUACUGCUAUCUUAUUUGCACCUAACAUAUCUUGCUUUUUUUUCUUUCCGUUUCUUUUAAAUUUACAUUUUCGCUACCGACUAAAAUGUCGCUGUACAAUCUUCCCAGCAUAGACGUAUAAUUCAAAAAUAUUUGCUAGGGAUAUAGUUUUUUUUUUUGGUGCAGUGCGAAGGAAUGAACACAAUUAAUAGUGGAACAAGGAAUCUAAUCAAAGCAGUGAUAAACGUUGAAUUUUUUUGUUCACCUCAGGAUUUUAUAUCUCUAAGCAGCAGAAUCAAAAACAUUUUUUUGCAACUUGGGCUGAAAGCUCGUUUUUUUUUUAAAAGAAAAGAAAUAUGCAAAUUUUGACAAGAUCACAACUUUCUUCGUUCGGUUUUAGUAACAUGUGUAAAUUUUACUUAAAAUAAGCCGUCUAAGUUUAAUUAGUUUUCAUCUCUAUUACCAAGUAUGUGUCAUAUAAAGACCUUGUCAGAGAAGAUUUAUGGAAGAUCCAUCCACUCUGUAGGUUCAAUGAUUUGUAAAAUAAUUUAAUAUAUUUUUGUACGUAAUUUUCAUUAUUAUAAUCUGAACUCUAAAGUUUAUGGUGUUAAAAUUAAAAAUGAUAAGAAUUAGCUUACAAAUCUGUUCAAUUAUUUAAAACAUAUCAGACUUGAAGGCGAUAGCAAUAGAUUUGAUUUUUUAAUAAUUGUUACCUGCAUUUCAUGUAUUACCAUCUUUUUUUAGUCUAUACAUUCAUUCUUUUCAUUACAACUUCUCUGUAUCACUACAGCCUUCCUCCCUCAGAUGUCGAUGAAUUAUGAAUUUAAUUCGAAAAAAUGAAUCAUAAACUUUUGUUGCCCAAUUUUAUUGUCCUCCUUUCUUGUCAAGUCUCAUCUUCUAUUCUUAUUUUUCUCAACUCAGGUGCAUACUUUGUUUUUCUCUUCUUUUUAGAGUACCUAUCGGUACACACAGAGACCAUAUUCUACCUGCAGGUAGAUUUUGUAGAUACGCAACCUUUUCCCUCAGAUUAUAAUGACACAGAGUCAUUUAAGUAUCUCUAAGUAUUUAUCCUCCACCCCCUUUUUUUUGUAUUUGAAUUUGUUUUUUGACAUUUCACCACAUUGAUGCUCACAAUUCUCUGCAGUUUCAAAUUUUCUCUGUGCCGUUAGUUUUAUUUUGACAGAACAGAAAUUAGUCCACAGCAGCUGUGAUUAGCAUUCACACAGUAAUUUGUAUUGUCUUGUUGAACCAAAGAAGCAAUAACAAACCUUAAAAAUCUCGAAUUUUUCAUCAAAAAAGCAAAUGCCAUAUGCAGCGUGGAGAGAGCUGCCUGCUUUUUAUCCAGGUAUUACGACCUCCAUUCGGCUCUCCAUUCAGGAUGAAAAUUUGAUAGAAAAUUCAGAGUGAGAUCCAUUUGAAAAGUCAAAUUUCAUCAAAAAAUUCCGACUGUUUCUUUGGUUUUAUGAUUUUUGCCCUCCGUUUUGAAGCGUACUCCUAGGAAACAAAGUAUUCCUGUAGAUCCUUUGAGCUUUCCUGUAAGUAUAUCAGCCGUAGGUACUUAUCUAACUCUGUGUGAUUUAAUUGAAGGCUUUACGAAAAUAGAAGCGUCUGAGACUACUCAGAGAGCAAAACGUUCUUAUGUCAAUCUGUGUAGCUUCUUAAUGACCUCUUUGAGUGAAAAUUAACUUUUUCUUAUGGUAAUGUUCAAAAAACAGUAUUAUCGAAUUUGAUGUAUUAUUCUUUUAUAAUUUUUGGAGAUUACAACUGUUGUACAUUUAUUUAAAUAGAAGUAAUGAGAGGAAUACUGACAAUAAAAAAAUACAGGGGGAACUCAAAUGAAAAUAUACUUUAAAAUACUUUUCUGCGUAAUUUUUUCUUUUCCACUAAUUUUUUUAAUACCAGUUUUGUAUAAUUGAAAAUGCUGUUACUAGUAAUUUUAGAGUGCCAUAAUAUUAAUUUAUUAAUUGUCAAUAUCAAUUUCCUUUGUUAUUUAUGUAUGUUUUACUUAAAUAAAACUGUAAAUUGUAAAAUAGAUUUUCUUAACUUGCGUCA